CGUCAUUUUUUAAGCCGGUAGUAUAGAUUUCCCAGACCCAGAUACGUUGGUGACUGAACCUUUGUCACACACAUAUACUCACUCAAUCACAGAGAAGUAAGAAAGAGAGAUAUAAAGAUCGAAAUUAGAUAAGAUGCCUUGCCUUUAUAUCUCCACCAACGUCAACCUUGAUGAUGUUGAUAAGGAUCCUAUCUUCUCCGAGGCAACAAAAGCUGUUGCUACCAUCAUCGGCAGACCUGAACACCUUGUGAUGGUCAUUCUGAAAGGACUGGUGGCCAUAUCAUUCAAUGGGAACAAAGAACCAGCUGCAUAUGCAGAGAUUGUGUCAAUGGGUGGCAUUACCAAACAAGUUAAGAGGAAUCUAAUAGCUACCCUCGGCACAAUUCUUGAGGCCAAGUUAUCUAUCCCCAGGGCACGAUUCUUCCUUAAAGUUUGUGAUACAACAGCUGCUGGUAACAGCUCCAAGUUGUAGCUUCUGAUAGGAUGAUCAGCGAGUCUCAUCCUAACCAUAUUGAUGUUUCAUUUUAUGCCUGCUUAUUUUCAAAUUGUUAGAAGACAUCCUGUCAGGGAAGCUAAAAAGGGCAAGAAAAGGAAAUUAACAUGUUGAAGAAGGCCUACAUGAUCAUGAUUUCCA